GUACGAUGAGCUCUCUACUUGCGAGAAUGAUUUCUCCCGUGCAAGCUCAGGGAGACUGAGCACCGACAGCAGUUUCCUUUCCUUCUAUGAAGAUCUGGGAUUGGGACGGAUGAGCAGUUCCUCGGCGAGCUUAUGUUUUGAAGAUGAUGAAACGUCCAUGCGGUCGAGCGCAUUCAGUUUCGCUUCAGCGCAUGAGCCAGCGACGCAAGAUGGUGGAGGGUCAAUGUCAUGGUCAUCACGUUCUGCUGAAGCAGUGGAAGAAGAAAUCUUAAGGACAAACUUGGAGCUCAAGAGGACAAUAGACCUGUACCAUGCAGCCUGCAAGGAAACAAUCCGAGCGAAGCAGACGGUGAGGGAUUGCCACAUCUACCAGAACGAAUUGGAGAAGAAGCUGCUGGAAGUACGUUUGUCGGAGCAAGCCACAUUGGCAGCGAUGGAGAAGGAGAGAGGGAAAUGCAUGGCGGCGGCGAAGGCUUGGCGACCGUCGGAUGAGGAGGCACUGAAGAGGUUGGAUGCCGAGAAGAAGCCACGCAAGGAGGUCGAGUAUCAGAGCUUGGUCCACGUGAUGGUGGCUUUGAUAUUCCUCUAUGUUUAUUUCAUCUAUCUAAAAUGACUCAUGUCAAAAGGGCUGGUUGAGUUUGUCAUAUUAGGAGGACAUGAAUGUUGUUGAACAAACGUUGGGCUCAGACGGUCGUUCAUAAGACAAUAUUAAGCA